GUUUUUCUCUGCUUGAAGAUUUUGCGUUAUUGCUACAAGGUGUCUUUCAGAUUGUUACAAAGUCGAUUCACUGCUCCUGCUCGUUUCAGUUUUCGAUAACACGCAGUCGAAUCUAGUCGUUGAUUCGCGUCAAGUGAGAAAAGUAUCCCGACGCAUUUUUAAUUAUUCGUGAAACAUCCGCUGAUAUUUUACGCUGACAAGCACGAAGUAACGGACACAGAAAACUAUAUAUCUAUCUUUCGUCUCGAAUAAAACAUGUCGGACAUACGUCGACGUCGAAGAUCUGAUCAAUCGUGCGGUUCCGAUCUUUCGGACUCUUGUGAAGAACUAAACGCGACAAAGGAGACUCAGAGUAGUGAACAGACUGAUGGACAUCAGGAUUCAGAAUGUGAUAUUUAUGAAGAUUCAGAAAGUAACUCUGAUACUGAGUCACAAGAAGGUAGGGAAUUACGAGAAAGUGGAGAUGGUCAGGAAGAAGAGAAACCACAAAAGAAGUUGGCUGAUGAUGAGGAUAGACGUAAUCCACAAUAUAUUCCAAAACGGGGAACAUUUUAUGAACAUGAUGAUCGAACAACUGAUGAAGUAACUGAUGCCAACACAGAAGUGCAAACAAAUGUGAAAAAAACUAAAGAAAAGAAAGUAUGGAAGGACAAGGAAGACAAAUGGGAUCAUGAUCGAUACAAUGAUGAAGAACAAGCCCCCAAAAAACCUGAAGAACUAAUAGCAACAUAUGGUUAUGAUAUUAGAAAUGAAGAAGGACCUCCUAGAGCUAGGAGGAGAAGAAGAUACGGUCGUGGACCCAACAAAUACACAAGAAAUUGGGAAGAUGAAGAUGCUUAUGGAAAGACUACUUCUAGUAGAGGAAACAGACGUUUUCACAAAAAUAAUGAAGAGUUUCCUGCUCUUGGUAAUAAUAAGAAUGCUUUAAAUAAAAUGGAAGAACCUGUGAUUUCAUCUGCUUGGUAUAGCAGCAAAAGUAAAACACAAAAUAAAACUCAAAAUUUUCCGCCACUUCAAUCUCAACAGGACAAUGUAAAAUCCACACUUACUGUCUCUAAUACUGUCACAAAUGAAAACAAAUCGCUAGAUGAAUCUGCUAAUACUUGGAAAAAAGAUAACAAACAUGCUAUUCAAAAUCAAAAUGCAAAUGGAAAUAUCGGAUCUAGCAAUGAUACAACUAAUGCCAAAUUAUUGCCAAGAGAGACCAGUAAGAGAAGCAAUCUUCAAGAAUCUGUAAGCUUAGCGGCGAGUAGGACGCGUGGAAGAGGUUUCAAAACAAAUGCUAAUAACAACAUGGUCACUAACAGAAUAGUAGAGAAUAAAUCAAAAGGACGUGGUUUUGGUCUAGUCACGGUUGAGAAUAGAAGAAAUCCUCCUGCGCAACACAAUGACGAGCAUCAACUCGUUCACGAUAUGAAACAAGUCAAUGUUAAUGACAGUGGUCAAUAUCAUCAGCCUGCAAGACAUAACAAAAGCUACUUCCCAUCUUCCAAUCAACAUAGAUCAAAUGCAGUACCGCCUAGAAUGCAGCAACAACAGUCACAUCAACAACAAACACAUUCGCAGCAAACAAUACAACCGCAGCAACAGCAGCAGCAGCAGCAACAACAACAACAACAACAACAACAACAAGAUGGUUCUGGAAACAGACCUAAACGAUACUCCAGUCUUCGUCAACGACCGAUUUCAGAAACAUCUGCACAACAAAAUUAUCCUUCUCAACACGCCCAACAUGGAUAUUUUUCACCUCAAGCUGGAAACUCAAGAGCCGUUCUAGAAUCUCAAGGCUAUCCACAAGGUCAUUUCGAACAAUCUUCUCCUGUGAGUCCAGCUACAGCACCUAUGGGAGGACAGCCCGUUAUUUCUUUACCUCCUGGUGGACAGCCAGCUAGUUAUGCACCACCACCAUUCUUAGUACCACCGCCACAAUUUAUACCUCCUCAAACGGCGCCUCCUAGUAUAAUCAAUUACGUUCCCGGGCCAAAUGGCCCAACAUUUCCACCGAACUUUCAAGGCUACCAAGGAUAUAAUCCUUCAGUGCAGCCUCAAGGUCCACCACAAGAGCUGUUUCAACCACAAGGGUGUACUUACUAUAGUCCUGCUCAGCAGCAACAACAGCAACAACAAACUGCUCCUCUGCGACGACCAAAAGCUGCAAUACCUAUUCUUCCACCACCUGAUAAUCAGCAAAGUGGCAGAGGAAGAGGUAGAAAUACUCAGCAAUAUCAACAUAAUAAUCAACCUGGUAGUAAUAUCACGCAACAGACUGAACAACAAGAAAUCAAGAAUAGUAACGCAAUGGAAAGUGACGAAAAAUCUAUACCGGGACAGUUUGAUAGUGCCGAACAAUCGAUUACACUGAAUGAAGAAUCGAGUCAGAAAAGUCAAGCUUCGGAUAGAAUAGUGAACAAUGCUGACGAGAAGAGCAAAAAUAACAUUAAUGCGGAUGUUCAUAUAGACGUUGAUGCGUUGCCUAUUAAAAAAGAUAACAUAGACGAUAGCGUUAGUGUAACUGAUUUGGUGGAAGCCAAUUGUAACGAAAAGAACACGAUUUCACACAGUCCGACAUUGGUCACUACUGAGACUGAACGUGAAUUAGCUAACAUUGAAUCUACAAUUCCUGAAAAUACAAUUGUCGAAGAAGCAGCAGCCUAAAAAGUAUAAUUAAUAUCAUUUACGCUUUAUGUAGCAAUUGUUCAGUUUCUCGCGAUACAAUUUAUUACCAAGAUUUUAUACACAUACAUACGUACGAACGUAUGUAUAUAUACAUACAUACCACACAUACAUACAUACAUACAUACAUACAUAUAUAGUAGUGCUUUGCUAUUUUUCCGCUCCUCGCUUUCGCGAGCGGAAAAAUUUCGAGGGAGGUAUGUGUCCCGAAAAUUGCCGGCUGUUACCUCUAAUUCAGAUCGACCACGAGCUCGAUUGCCGCAUAGUCAUUUCGACCAAUUCACGCGAAGCCUUGGUGAAAUACUUUUGGAAGUAGUGGGGAUGACUUUCGGAAAAAUAUCGUGGCAAAAAUACGGAAAAUUUUCGAGGCAUUACUGUAUUGUAUAUAUAUAUAUACAUAAACAAGAUGUCUAAAAAAUUUUGACACAGCCGAAGUAUAGAGAUAGAUUGAGUGAAACUGAAUAGAAAAGUUAU